CAGAAGAAUAUUGCAAGCAAAUCAUCUUCAUUUGUAAAUUACAAAUUAUUAGUCCUUUCUUUUUUCCAAUUUAAUUAUAAUUAUAUACUGCGCCACUGAUUCUAUGGAAACCAAAGUUAUUUCCAGCGGAAUUCGCCACACUACUCUCCCUCAAAGUUAUAUCCGACCCGAAUCCGAUCGGCCACGCCUAUCGGAAGUGGCCGAUUGUGAAAAUGUUCCAGUAAUUGACUUAGGCUGCGAAGACCCAACUCAAAUAAUCCGUCAAAUUGGCGAAGCCUGUCGAAUUUUUGGUUUCUUUCAGGUAAUUAAUCACGGCGUACCAAAGAAAGUUGUAGAGCAAAUGCUAGAGGUAGCGGCGGAAUUUUUUAAUCUACCAGUAGAAGAGAAGCUAAAAUUAUAUUCAGAUGACCCUUCGAAGACCGUGAGACUAUCUACUAGUUUUAAUGUUAAAAAGGAGACGGUUCACAAUUGGAGAGAUUAUCUCAGAUUUCAUUGUUAUCCUCUAGACAAAUAUGCUCCUGAAUGGCCGUCUAAUCCCUCAUCUUUCAGGGAGAUAGUGAGCAGAUAUUGCACAGAAGUUCGACAACUGGGAUUCAGAUUACAGGAAGCCAUAGCAGAGAGCCUGGGGUUAGAGAAAGAGUGUAUAAAAGAUGUGUUGGGGGAACAAGGCCAACAUAUGGCUAUCAAUUUUUAUCCUCCAUGUCCACAACCAGAACUCACAUAUGGGCUUCCGGCCCAUACUGAUCCAAAUUCACUUACAAUUCUUCUACAAGACUUGCAAGUACCUGGUCUUCAAGUUCUUAAAGAUGGCAAAUGGUUGGCUGUCAAACCUCAACCAGAUGCCUUUGUUAUUAAUCUUGGUGAUCAAUUGCAGGCAGUGAGUAAUGGUAAGUACAAAAGCGUGUGGCAUCGAGCUAUUGUGAAUUCAGACAGAGCCAGGAUGUCAGUGGCUUCGUUCCUUUGUCCGUGCGAUAGCGCGAAAAUCAGUGCUCCAAAACUCCUCACAGAAGAUGGAUCUCCAGUCAUUUAUCAGGACUUCACGUAUGCUGAGUAUUACAAGAAGUUCUGGAGCAGGAAUUUGGACCAGGAACAUUGUUUGGAACUUUUCAAGAAUUAAAUUGGAAGCCCAUGUUUGGUUCAUGGGAUAAGAUGGGAUCUCUCAGCAUUAAGUUAGGAAUUAAAUUUAUACUUUGUUUGGUUGAAAGUGAGAUCAAAUUUAUACAUUUAACCAAAUAAUGUAUAAGUUUUGUCUCAAACUUAAUCCUGAAUAUACCAUCUUAUCCGAUCCAACCAGACUUGGCAUUAUAUUAUAAUUGUGGUAUAACUUAAUCAACAAAACAAAUGACCCCUUCAUAAGUAGUAUUUUAAAACCCACCAUUUCCAUUUGUCUUUUUGCAGAGUUGCCAGCGCCUUUUUGUUGUUGAUUCGAGCUAUAGUUAUGGGGUGGGACUUGGGAGUUAAAUUAGGAAGAAAAAAGAAAAAUGAAGACACCAAUUAUAUCUCUAUUGUCUAGCUGAUUUACCCAAUUACGUCACUACUCCAAUGUUCUGUUACUGUUAAGUAGUAUUAGCAAAAUCUUGUUGGAAUUAAGAGGAAUAAUAAGUUGUAGUAGUUACUUUUAUCGUUUACUGUAUUUUCUUCCAUGAUUUUACUUUUGUGAAAGUUUGCGUGUAACGUGUGAGUUAUUAAAGACUAUGAUAAUAAUAAAAAAAAUCGAUGUUCGUUAACACCUUCAA